AUGUUUAUCGAAGACCACUAUGCAGAAUUAUUGGAAACGCCUGUGUUUAUCAUCCAGAGCCUUACUGAUUCCAGCGAGAUUGUGAUAUGGACGUUAGAAAGUGAGUCUAAGUAUUGCUGGGAGGAGGACGGCGGCGGAGAAUGGCCUGAGAUUUCGGCACCGACUCCGACAUCGGCUGCGUCUCUUGCCCCGACGCCGACUCCGACAUCAGCUGCGUUCUCAGCCCCGACACCAUCUACGACACUAUGCGAGGGUCUGUCGCCAGAUGGGAUACCAGCUUGCGCGGGCGAUGAGGUCGACACGAGCUCCCGCGCGGCGUUCGAUGCAUUCUUGAUUGUGACUCUCUCGGUUGUGACAGGUUCUGCCAUCCAGCGCUGA